CUCUAUAUAUUUAUAUAUAUAGACACAUAUAUGUCCAUGCAUAGGUAAGUAUCCCUUCUUUUCACGUGAGCGCCUUUUCGCUUGCCCGUUCCGGAUCGGGAGCGAGGGGAGGGGUGAGUUAUAUUUAUCGCAGGCUGGCAGAUUCACGAACACGGCAAGAGAGCCGAUGCAGGAAGAGGGAGGGGUGUGGUGGCGGCCGCGGCGGAUUGGGGAAACGGGUGAGGGGGAGAGGGAACUCAUCUCGGCACGGAAGGCGAGAGAAUAAGGUACCUGGAGUAAUCGAAAAAAGAAAUCAAAUGGAGGAGGAUGAGGCGGGAGACGCAGAUGGAUAGCAGCAACAACUCGGGCUAGCUGCGAAGGCAUGUAAGUGGUGGUAACGAUGUUGGCACACCGCGGAUGUAUACAUCCGCUCGCCGUCUUUCCUGUUUGUUCUUUUGUUUUUUUCUUUUUUUUCCUUUCCCUGAUGCUGCUGCUUCGUACCGGCGACGGCGCGACAGCGAAUCGAAAUGUGCUGAGGCUUCGGGGGUUGGGCGGGAUGGCCGUCGGGAUGAGUGGACGCGUCGUCACCCUGCCUUCAUCUCCAUAAUCCCCGUCCUCAUCCUCGCCCUCAUCCCACCUGACCGGAGUCGCGGUCGCGACUGCGAAGAGAUGACAGGAGUGACGAGGACCCGGAUUGGCCCGACAGCGGAGGCGAAAUUGCCCAAGGAAAACAAAAUGAAGACAGGAAAAUGGAGACGACGUUGGCUGUGACGCGCCCGCCAUCUCGAACCGUCCACGUCGCUGGCGUACGUCGUCCUCCUUCGCAUCAUCGUACCUACCAACGUACAUAGGCCCUAACGAAUUACGACCAAUAGACGUCCCCUCUCCCUCGGGCCGUAAACGCUACUGAGUUGUACGCAUGUUAUGUAUGUUGGUGCUUCAGCCCGACGGGUCUCUCUUCUUUCUCUG